CCUCCAUCAGCCAUACAUUCGCUGUUGACAUAUGGAGGGGUAUCACAGGUGCUGCAGUGGCGGUCCGCUGUCAUCCUCUCAACCGGCUCGCUGUUUUAAAGAUGACUGACUUCAUUUUAACGUUUUAGCCCCGUGAAAACCUUCGAACGGGAAGCACCGAAACGGGAGGAGGCCGAUUAAAGCGGUAUCUGUUUUGCGCCGGUGUUUACACGGCCGUAAAAACAGGGUCUGACGCCGCAGCAUCGUCGUAGUAACCACCUGACACAAGGUAUGUCCGCCGCACGCGACACCGUCGUGAAAAAGAAGCACGUUCGAUUUGCCAGCAUGGAGGAGGACGACGAUAACGACGACCAGGAGGAGGACACCCUGUUUGACAAGAGGAAGGACACCGGUCGCGGGCUAAAGAGUGCGCUAAAGGCGGUCAAGAGGACCACCAAACCGGGAUGCGACGAGCGGGUGGAAGUGGUCGGCGGAGGAAGGGGCGGAUAUGGAACGUGCGGCCGCUGGAUUAUCACCCUCGCGCUCUGUGCAUCUUUCCUGGGCUUGGGGAUGAGCAUCUCAGUUCUCGGCCCCACGUUCGAGGACCUGGCUGUGAACGUGAACAAGAACAUCAGCAACAUCUCCUACAUCUUCGUCGGCCGCUCUGCGGGAUACAUCGGAGGAUCCCUGAUAGGCGGCAUUCUCUUCGACUGCAUGAACCCCCACCUCCUGCUCGGUUUUUCGAUGCUGGUCACAGCAUUUGGAAUGUGUGCUAUCCCUUUCUGUAAGCAGGCUCUGCUUCUCACCGGGCUCAUGUCCAGCAUUGGGAUGUCUAUGGGUGUUCUGGAUACAGGUGGUAACGUGCUCAUACUGAACACAUGGGGUGAGCAGGCGGGCCCUCACAUGCAGGCACUGCAUUUCAGCUUCGCGGCUGGGGCCUUCGCGUCACCCAUCAUCGCCAAGCUCCUGUUUGGACCUGAUGGGAACGGCAGCACGGGAACCGCACCCACCAACUCCACGCCUCCUGCCACCGCAGAGCCAGUCACCAAAGCCCCGGACAUUCACACGAUGAUCCGUUAUGUCCACAGCAGGACCAGCACCCUCAAGUCCAUGUGGGCCUACAUUGUGAUUGGUUCCUUUGUCUUUCUCAUCUCCUUCGUCUUCUUCGUCCUCUACACUCGCAGCAGCACGUCACGCGACAAAGCUCGCGCGUCCUCCGGAAAGCCUCUGGUGGCCAAACAUCACGUGGCUCUCAUCAUCCUGCUCUUCUUCUUCUUCUUUGCCUAUGUAGGCGCUGAGGUGGCAUACGGCUCCUUCAUUUUCACCUUUGCCAAGGACUACGCACACAUGCAUCAGUCCCAGGCUGCCGGGCUGAACUCUCUGUUCUGGGCAGCGUUUGCCGCCUGUCGGGGGUUGGCCAUCUUCUUUGCGGCCUGCGUGUACCCGGCCACCCUGAUCCUGCUCAGCCUGGUGGGCUCCACUGUCGCCUCUCUGCUGCUCUGCCUCUUCAGCAAGGAGAGGGCGGCUUUGUGGCUUUGCACUGGUCUCUAUGGAGCAUCCAUGGCCACCACCUUCCCCAGCGGGAUCUCCUGGGUGGAGCAGUACACCACAGUGACGGCAAACAUGGCGGCCGUCUUCGUGGUGGGUGCAGCGCUGGGUGAGAUGGUGCUGCCUGCCCUUGUGGGCCUCCUGAUGGGGAAGUUCCAGGAUCACCCGGUGCUCAUGUACCUGUCGCUCAUCACGGCUACCUUCACCUCCAUCCUCUUCCCCGUCAUGUACAAACUGGCCUCCGCCCCCAACAGCCAGAGCAGGAAGCCCCGCGCCAGGGGCCGACCCGAAGCUGACGACAGCGAAUUCCGCCAGGCGCUGCUGGACUCAGGAGCCAAUGACGAAGAGGAGGAGGAGGAGGAGGAGGAGGAGCUGGACAACGAGGCUGAUCAGUGGAACGACGCAGACUUUGAAGUCAUUGAGAUGGAUGACACAGCAAGUCUGGUUAGUUCACCCAGUAAGGCUUCCUCUCCCCCUGAUGUCACCGGUCUGACAGGAAGCUCUGCUGUUGCUAUCUCCCAGGUGACGGAGCCUCCAGGUGGAGCCUCUUUCUCAGACACCAUCUCUCCGGUUGGAGACUCCCCCAGACGCAAACUGCUGCUCUCUCUCGACAGAGAGAAGAGGGACUGAACCCCACCCCACCCCCUCCCCCACCGCCCUCCCCUCCUGUGACUCCCAAGUGCUGUUGAUCUCCCACGUAACACUAGAAGAGCCAUGCCUCAGCGCGUCUGUUCCCACCUGUUGUUCGGAACCUGAAAUCCUGAAUCAUGCAGCUUAAAAAAAAAAUUGUGGUUUGCACAAAGAUUCAUCAGCAGCUUCUGAAGCUUUCAGAUGCCUGCUGAAUGACGGAGGUUUGAACUCUACACAAGAUUGUUUUAACUCAAAAGGAUUCUGUGUCGGCUCUGCUUCCCUCCACCGCGAGGUCAAAGUCAGGUAGAACAGAAGCCUUAGGAAUUCAGUGCCUUGCUUAAGGACGCAUUAAGCAGAGUGAAUGAGGUGAACCGGGGGAUGCUCGCCCUCUUCAUCAUCAUCAUCAUCACCACCACACCAUCCUGCUGCCAAACACUCCUGUUUUAAAAUGGAAUUUAAUUUUGCACUGUUGCAGUGAAUGUGUGUGGCGACAGUAGUUGUGUAAGAUUUGAAUGAAGUAAGUUUUCUGUUGCACUUUUGUAAAGUUCCGAUUUUUUGACUUUGAGGUUUGUUUUUGUUGUGUGCUGUAAUGUGUCAUGUGACUUGUGGUUCUUUAAAUCACGUGUUGUGAUUUUUUUUUUUUAAGUUAAAAAAAAAAAAAAAAAACCAUAAAUCAGUGAAAGGUGUUUAAAUACAUUGACUUUUUAUUAUAUCAAUCUCAAACCUCCACCCACAGCAAU